AUGAUCAAGGCUGUUGGAGAGCACCGGGAAGUGCAUCCUUAUCAAAGUUCUCGCAAACCCCCAACAGUAAUUGGCGCUCUAGUUCGCGAGAUGUAUCCAGAUUUUGUUGAUACAAUAAAUGGGAUGAAGUCAGUGCUAACAUGGAAAGAUUUCAAGAAGACUACCAUAGCUGGGGUAUCAACUGAUAAGAGAGUAUUGGAAGAGUUCUGGUGGCGUUUCAAGUGUCUUCCAGAAGAUAGAGCUGAGGCAGAUGCUGUCUUGGAGUUAAGAUUUAAAAACAUGGUGCCUAAGAUGUUGAGUGAAGAGAAGCGGGCUAUCACAAAGAAACUAUAUAAGGAUGGUAAUGUGCCCCCAGAAGAUGUAGAUGAAUAUGGAAAUCGUUGGCCAACAAAAGAAGCACUUAUAUCUGUUAAACCAAGAGACUUUACAACCAAUGAAGGUUGGGCUUUGCUAUGUGAGCACUGGAGUACAUCAAAAUUUAGAAAGUCAUCCUUAAAGGCAAAGCAAAAUCGCCUAGUUGGAGAUAAUAACGUAUACCAUCGCAGUGGCUCAAGAAGCUUACCAGCAACACGCCAAUGGCCGGCACUAAAAACUGGCGUUGACCCUGGAAUUGGUGGCGCUUGGCUGCAUAAUCAUGAAUUGAAUCUAGGGGCAAAUGAUGGCAGGUUGUGCAACCAGAAUGUAGCUGAUAAAUGGCCUACUUCUGAAUCUGAGGUUGCAUUCGCUAGAGAGCAUGAGAAAAUUGUUCCUAAUGCAUCUGAUCAUGAUAACAUUGGUGGAGCAGACUAUAGUGGUGAGGAAAAUGAAGAUGACAUCUAUGAUUAUGAUGAUGAAGGAUACCAUUCCCAAGAUGAUGGCCAAAAUUACGAGAACAAUGGUGAAGACUUUUUCGAUGAUGAUGCUUCCUGGUGA